AUGGCGAUGUUGACCAUUCUUCUGCUUCUCAGCGCUGCCAUUGCACUGGGCGAAGCCUUAACUCUGGAUGAAGCAAAUGCUAUGGUGGCAUCUGCAGCAGAUAAAAAAAGCCCAUGCCCCACAGACUGGUUCCAGUUUAAUUCACGCUGCUUCACGUUUGUCCAGACUGCAAGGACAUGGCCUGAAGCAGAGCGCCACUGUAUGUUCCUUGGAAGAAAACUGACGUCUGUGCAGAACACUGUAAAGUACCUUGGAGCAAACCUGGCAUCUGUGCACAGCUCUGAGGAGUCCCAAUUUCUACAGGCGGUGGUGUUGAUCAAGACUGGCGAUUUCCCUCUGACCUGGAUUGGAGGAUAUGAUGCUGUCCAGGCAAAUGUGGAAAAGGACAGGCUAUGGUUCUGGAGUGACGGAUCUACAUUUGAUCACCAGAACUGGGCGAAAGACGAGCCCAGUAACUAUAACGGUGCCAGAGAGCCAUGUGUUCAGAUGAACUUUGGAGGUAAACAUGCCUGGAAUGAUGAAUUAUGUGGAAGGAGAUAUCCCUCUGUGUGCUCCAUAAGGACCUGUUCAAUCCAUCAAACUAUCAACUAAAACCAAGCAUUCUACUGCGUAGUGUCAGCAACCUAACUGAAAUUUAAAAUACUUUAAUUUGCUGUAAAAUGAAAGUUUAGUUACUUGUUGCAGACAAUGUUGAUGUGGUUUGUUGUCAAUAAAACAGGUGUA